AUGGCUAACAUUCGUAGGUGCUUGUAUGAGUGUGUCCUGUUCAAAGCCAGAGUGCACAUCUGCCUCAUCUGGAGCACACUUAGGCUUAGGGGGAGGGAGGAAAGGAGAUCAGUUCGUCGAUCCAUCCAGGGGAUGGCUAACCACACGGUGCUUGUAUAUGUGUGUCCUGUUCAAAGCCAGAGUGCACCUGCCAUCUGCCUCAUCUGGAAGACACUUAGGCUUAGGGGGAGGGAGGAAGGGAGAUCAGUUCGUCGAUCCAUCCAGGGGAUGGCUAACCGCACGCUGGCCGCCGAUUGCAUCGCUUUGAAGGCAAAGGAUCAUCAUGAUCUCAGGGAUGUGAACACCUUAUUAUCAGGUUGUGCAAAGUACCUUUGGGGGACUGCUAGGGCAACAGUUAUCCGCAUUGAGGUACUUGUCGUAUUGUCUGCUAUCAGCCUGUUGUUCAUGGCCACCUUUGGGCCCUUGCGCCGCCGGAUCAGAAACUCAUUCGUACAGAAUGGUGUCAUGGUUGCAUACGCUUUGUCCUCGUCCCUGAUAUCAUACACACUUGGUUCAAUGUACUCAUCUGCAGUGAAGAGCAGCAUGUACCCCAUUUGGGCCUCAUCCCUGUAUCUCCUCUUUGGUUCUGCCGACUCUAUUACAGCUUAUUGUCUCAAUGACAACAACCAACAAAAGAAUCAGCUUUUUUUGUUUUUGCUUUUCCAAAUAUAUGUCACUCUAAUUAACAUAUCUCAUGCCAGCCUAGUUAUCUGGGUGAGUAUGUUAGCUUCUUUUAAAUUUAUGCAAAGAUUCUGGGCAUACCAGCUGGCAGCCGGAUCAUGGAACUUGAACAAAAUGGUUGCCGACUACAUGUAUGAGGAACACUCCAGAAGUGGCCCAUCUUACGAUCCAACCAGCAUGAAAGGUUAUCAUUACUUAGUUGAUUGGCCCCUCGAUGAGUCAAAACUGGAAGCAAGAAUGUCAUAUGCAAUGGAAUUAACAGUGGAUGGUGCUCAAAUCAUUGACAUAGAGAGGAUAUGGCUGUGCAAUGAACUAAGCUCCGAGCUGAAGGAUGUAUGCCUUUCCUUCUCUCUUUUUCAUCUGCUGAGAAGGCGCUUCUUUGGGAUCUUCAGGGUGAUUGAGGUUGAGUUAACUUUUAUGUAUGAUUUCUUCUUCACCAAGUAUGCUGUUCUUUACUACGGAUCUAAAAAGGCUUCAACAAUUUGGUCCUUAGCAUCAGCCAGCUUAAUGUCUGUGACAAUCUACCAGCUGACAGCCAGUGUUCUUUCUAAUCACAAUGGGUCUGAAUUCAAGGAUACGACAACGUUUGACGUUAUUGUCACAAUACUGAUACUAGUAUGCAUUGCUUUGCUUGAGUUUAUCCAAGUAUUAUUUUUUUGGAGCACCAUUUGGGGCAGAGUAUCCUUUGUUUGCCAUUAUGUUCGAGAACAAGCAAUGAGCUCAAGGAGAGGCGUCUGCACGAAACUUCUUCAAAAGAUCUGCUGCAUGAGAUUCAGGGAGAUUAUUCUUACCAUGAUUAUUGGUAUCUCGAGGUCAAGGUCAAGGUCAAGCGAAUACUACUACCAGAAUAAACUUGGGCAAUACUCCUUGCUUGAAUCAGUGAUUAGUUACAACUACAAGCAGAGUCCAUGUAAGGUAGGGCUUCUCAGGUUUAUGAAUCGACAUUGUAGUCUUAUAUCGUCUCCAAGCUUUGGGCACCUUUGUGAGACAAACAAAGACAUUAUUCACGCACGACGUAUCCGCAGGGGACAUGUGAAACCUGCAGCUAUCAAGUUACCUGUAGAAGUAAAAAAGGCACUUGUCCAUUCCCUCCUGCGUACACAGGGUGUCCUAGCGAAUGGAGAAUCAUCAUUAGUGUACAAUGAAGUGCAUGACCUCUUAUGGGCUUGCAGGCACAAUAUGCUCUCAGACUCAGGCAUCAACUCUUACCUGGACAAGGAGAAUCAGACACACAUCAUUUUGACUUGGCACAUUGCAACGUGUUACUGCGAGGUGCAAACAUUGAAAUGUCUUUCCCCUAGAGUUGGGGGAGCACUCAAGUUACAUCUUGACGUCGCCACCAUACUGUCCAAGUACUGUGCGUACCUGGUGGUUUCAGCACCAAAGUUGCUUCCUGGGCACCACUAUGAUUCUAGCCUUGUGUUUGAUGCAGUCGCAGUGGAAGCCGCACAGUUUCUGCAGAAAGUGGAGGACAAGUAUGAAGCCUUGAGAAGUUUGCCUGAAUCAACAGAAACAUCCAUCUUCCGGAGGGGGAUGAAGUUGGGGAGGCAGCUCGAGGAGAUGGAAGAUGACAAGUGUUGGAAGGUGCUUGCAGAUUUCUGGGCGGAGAUGUUGCUCUAUGUUGCGCCUUCGGAAAAUGUGAAGGAGCAUAUUGAGACACUGACAAAUGGAGGAGAGUUUAUAACACACUGGUGGGCGUUGCUCACCCACGCUGGCAUUCUAAAGAGGCCUCCAAGGAAUGUCAACAAUGACAUAGAAAAUCCAUGGGAAGGAUCAUCAUAUGGCUGCCCAUCUACAACUCAGGCUGCACCUGCCGCCUGUGCCACAAAUCAACAGCCAGUGACUGGGAACCAUAGUGUGCAGUUGAUUGAAAGGAAUGUCGGAGACAUAGAAAAUGCUAGGACUGACAGGCAUUAUCCUGGAGAGAUUUCAUACGGUGCUGCUUUGAGGCUUCGGCGUGCGAACUCCUACAUUAGCAAGUGUAGAGAAGGUGCUACCUUAGCCACCAGCGCCACAAAUAAACAAGCAACACAUGGAAAGUGUGAGCAAGCAGUAGGGAUCAUGAUUCGGCAACAAGCAUAUCCAGUGCAAAAUGUGGAACUCCCAAUUCCCAAUGCAAGCACUGCUCCAAGUGAGAACAAAGAGAUUGAAUAA